GUUGUAUCUUAUAUCUCUCGCUCCGCCCACAACUUCGGCCGGCAACAGAAUCCAGAUCUGGUCGUCCCAGCGGCUGUGCCUUGGCCGAUAGAGCUGCUAGUCCACAGACCUAGAGAUGCAAAGCGGUGGUCAGCCACGGACGGCCUCUCCUCCACAGAUCUGAGCUCCAACCUCCACGCCCACCGCUCGGACGUCGGCGUGAGUAACAAGCCGCUGCCGUCGUUACUAGCGAGGAUCAGAGCGCUCAGAUCUGUGAACGGCUCGUCACUUGCGAUGACAGCUCGUUCCUCUUCUUCUCGUCCACAGAUCUGAAGCGUUCUGUCUUGGACACGGAGGGACGGCUCGGCCUGGACACGCAGCGGCGUCAGCCUAGACGCAGCGCGGACAACUCUGCCGGCGGCGACGCCGGAAGUAGGCUCCGAGGUUGGGCUCAAAGUUGGCCGCAGGGGAGUAAUCAGCUUCCUAGCAAUGGCGAACUCGGGGACUCGAUCGAGUAGUGAUGCUGCCCGAGCAUCAGGGGGCGAGUAUCAAGUGUUCCUGAAUUUCAGAGGACUCGACACUCGUUAUGGAUUCACGGAAUUCCUCUAUCACGGUUUGAGAGAUGCGGGAGUCCGUGUAUUCAUGGACGAAAAUGAACUCAGCGUCGGCGAAGUGAUUGCUGGGAACCUUCUACAUGCUAUCAACAACUCUAUGAUUUAUAUACCCAUCUUCUCUCAGAAUUAUGCUUCCAGCAAAUGGUGUCUUCGUGAGCUUGCGCACAUAAUAGACAACGUGUCUCAAUCAAAGGGUAAAAAAAGUAUUCUUCCCAUUUUUUUUCACGUGAAACCUGAGGACGUUCAGCUUAAAACUCCACUAUAUAGCGAUGCUUUACUGGAACAUAAGAAGUUGUUUCCCGAUAAAGUCGAGGCGUGGAGAGAGGCUCUUGUAAAGGUAGAUGAAAUCAAGGGAUGGGCCAUAACAAAAGAUCAAAGCCAAGCAACGAUUGUCAAAUUGGUUGUUAAAAGGGUUUUGGAGAAACUGAAGCUGAAACAAAGAUUAGUGCCCGAACAUUUAGUCGGACUUGAUGAUCGAGUAAAGCACUUGACAGAGUUAUUAGAUGUCAACCAUCGCGAUGUGCGGCUCAUUGGAAUUUAUGGAAUGGGUGGCAUUGGUAAAACAACCGUUGCCAAAGUCGUCUUCAAUGAACUACUUUCCCACUUUGGAAAGUGUUCUAGUUUUCUUGAGAAUGUUCGAGAAAAGAUGUCGACCGAGGAUGGCAUAGUCCAAUUGCAGAAAAAACUGCUGUCUGACAUUGCUGAUUCUGGAUCUGCAGAAGGAGUCCAGGAAAGUGAACAAGGAAUGAGGAGGAUUGGAGAAGUACUCAGCACUAAGAAGGUCCUUGUGGUUCUAGACGAUGCUGAUAAUAAAGACCAUAUUAAGAGACUAAUAGGAAACAAUUCAUUACAUUCAGGAUCUAGAAUAAUUAUUACAACGAGAAACCAUACUAUUUUACAAGGUCAUGAAUUUAAAGAUGAAAUUAUACAGUAUGAGAUGCUUGAGAUGGAUGAUGCUUCUGCACUUGAGCUUUUUUGUCGGCAUGCCUUUGGAAAAACCUUUCCUUCGGAUGAUUAUCAUGCGCUUUCCAAUGAGAUUGUCUCAAGUACAGGAGGGCUUCCUUUGGCUGUUGAAGUGAUAGGUUCGUUACUUAAUAAGAAAGACAAAGCAUUUUGGGAAGAGACUAUGAUCAAGUUAAGGAAUGUACCUGAGGAAGAGAUUCUGGAGAAGUUGAGGAUUAGCUAUGACGACCUAAAUGAACAUCAGCAACAAAUUUUUCUUGAUAUAGCGUGCUUCUUUUUCAAUGAGAAGAAGACCGAUGCAAUUUAUAUGUGGGCCGAUUGUGAUUUUUAUCCGGUAAGAGGAAUUGAUGUCCUUACCAGUAGGUGCUUAAUAAAGAUAUUUAACGAUGAUAAGUUCUGGAUGCAUGAUCAACUCAUAUACAUGGGAAGGCGAAUCGUCCAUCAAGAAAGUCCAAAUGACCCUAGCAAGCGAAGUAGGGUGUGGAUUGCAAAAGAAGCCCUUGAAAUAAUAAGAACUGAAGAGAGGAAGAAUGAAGUUGAAGCACUUGAGAUAGAAGGAUCUCUUGGUAUUUAUACAGGGUUUAUACAUAUCACAAAUGAAGAGUUUGAAAAGUUUCCAAACCUAAGAUUCCUCAAGUUAAAAUUGGCAACUUUUAUUGGGGACUUUGCAAGGUGUCAUUCAAAGUUGAAAUGGAUUUCUUUGCACAGUCCUUCGCAUUUGAUAACUGAUUUCAGGGCAAACAAUAUCUAUUUCAAUGAUCUUGUUGUUUUCAAACUUGACUACAAUUACUUCAAAGAUGAUUCAAAAGCAUGGGACUUGAUCAAGGGGGCACGGAAGUUGAAAGUUCUAUCUCUUAGGUGGUGUGAUGGUAUAACGACAAUCCCAAACUUCUCUGAGUGCUUGGAAUUAGAGAGGUUGACUAUUGCAAAUUGCCAAAAUUUAAAGAAAAUUGAAAGUUUCAUCGGAAAACUACAAUCCUUAAUUGAGUUAGAGAUUGAAGGCUGCCGAUAUCUUACUGAUUUGCCUGAUGAAGUGGGGGCACUAGGUAAGCUUGAGUGCUUCUCAUUGCGAGGAUGUUUUGGGUUGAGAGAGCUCCCAGGCUCACUUAGGAAUUUAACCUCAUUGAAAGAGUUGGACUUAUCGAAUACAAGCAUAAGGGAACUUCCCAACUCGCUUGGGAAUUUAACCUCAUUGAAAAAGUUGGACUUAUCGAAUACGAGCAUAUGGGAACUUCCCAACUCACUUGGGAAUUUAACCUCAUUGAAAGAGUUGGACUUAUCGCAUACGAGCAUAAGGGAACUUCCCAGCUCGCUUGGGAAUUUAACCUCAUUGAAAGAGUUGGACUUAUCGAAAACGAGUAUAAGGGAACUUCCCAGCUCCAUUGGAAAGUUAAAAUCAUUAUGCGUCCUCCGUUUCGCAGUACGACAUAGGGAGAAUCAUGCUUGGUAUUUACCUAAAGGCAUUGGCAUGUUGAUAAAUCUUGAAGAGCUAGAUCUCUCUGGGCAUAAAGAAAUGAAAGGUGAAAUUCCUUAUGGAAUUGAAGGAUUGUCAUCUUUAAAAAUCCUAAAUUUAAAAUCCACCGGUAUUUGCGGAAUUCCAAAGACAAUCGACAUGCUUCAUCACCUCCAAAUGCUCGAUUUAUCGAAUUGUCAUGACAUUCAAGAGUUGCCGAAGUUUCCCACAAGUUUGACUUGUCUACGUAUUCAAUCUGAAUCAUUGCUCUCGGUACCCAAUUUGUCGUAUCUUACUAGGUUGGAUGAAUUGCAACUGAGUAAUUACAAAUUUGCUGGAGGGAUAUCAAAACCGAUCACAGGAUGCAAUUUAUGUUGGAUUGAGGGGUUAUCUAAACUGAAAAAGUUAACGUUAUGUUUGCUUGGCGUCCUUGGACCUUUAGAGUUGGCUUAUCUUCCUCAUCUAGAAUUCCUUAAUUUGGCAGGCCUAGACUUAAAAACCCUCAUGCAGCUUCCGUCCUCCACCAGCAGUUGGAAGUAUUUGUGGACUCUAUCGAUCAGUCAUUGUGAAGUCGAAGACAUUUUACUCGAGGGACUUCCACAACUAGAAGAAUUAAAUGUCCAUUCUUGUAUACGGCUUCAGAGAUUAUUCAUUCUUUCGAAAUUACUGAAGCUACGACGAGUGAGUGUAUCAUUGUGUCGAGAGCUAGUUGAGAUACGAGUUGUGGAUCUUUCGGAAUCAUUGAAAAUCAUGGACAUUCAUCAUUGCGAAUCUUUGACAAGAAUAAGUGGGUUGUUAUACUUGAAGAACCUAGAGAGUUUGAAAAUCCAUGGCUGCCAUGUACUUACUAAUGUUGAGGGCCUUGCCGAGCUAGAGUCUCUGAAAUACUUGGAGGUCGCAAUGUGCAAGUCAUUGGGAAGGUUGAUUGAUGCAUCUUGCACAAAAAUACCAGAUAAUUGCCUCGCCUAUAUAAGUAAAUGUGGAGACCAUAUCAAAGAUUUUGGUCAUUUACAUGGAAAGCUGCCCCUGAAGCUUUAUAAAGAAGACAUUCUUCAGAAUGAGGCUGAAAGGGACGUUUCAAGGCCUGAUGAAGACUCGGACUCUGCAUCUGUGGAUGAAAGCGAAACUGAUGGCAACUCCUCCAUUGAUGAUUUCCAACCAGAGCCAACCAAUGCUGAAUGUUUUGAGGCCCCAGGGAAUAGAAGCCAAAUGAAGGACGAAAGGGUUGGGCACUCCGGCGCUGUCAAUGGAGGGAAAACGACAAGUAUGGAAAAUAGAAAGGAGGAGAAGGACGAGAGUGGGGAACCUGCCAACCAAAGUGAUGUUGUUUGUUGAAAUUAUUGAUCCAUU